ACACAUUAUGAAGUUGCUUUUAUCUGGAUUUUGAUGCUCCUGCGUGCGUAAAGUUGGCUCCUUUGUGGAAAUUCGUGAUGUAUUUGUGGGUUUUCGAAGUGGGAAUUGAGGGGUUUGUGGCGAUUGACUCGAUGUUGAAAAGUAGGUGCAGUCGUUUGAUUACUGAUUGUUUUUCGUUUGACGUCUUGGAAGAAAUCGAUUGGUUUGGGCAUUGGGAAUGCAUAGGGUUUAUCUUGCAAGGCGCCUUUUCUUUGGUUUCUUAAUAGGUUUCUUUUUAUUUUCCAUCAAUACUAUCUUUACCUGAAGGUUCUGAUUGGUUAGUUGGUCGGUCUCUGAUCUAAAUUUGGAAUGGGUUCUUUGAUUUCACUUGCCAUCUCUUCUCCGUUGGAGAAUGAGAGCAAUUCGGAUAGGAAUCCGAUUGGGGAGAUGGAGAAUGAGAAGAAGAAUGAGGCGGCUGAGGGGAGCAAAUUAAAGGAAACAUCAAAAUGCCUCUCAAGGAGAGAGAGAAAGAUUGCUUUGCAACAAGAUGUUGAUAAGCUGAGAAAGAAGCUUAGAUGCGAAGAGAAUGUUCACAGAGCAUUAAAGAGAGCUUUUACCAGACCCUUGGGUGCUCUCCCACGGCUCCCUCCUUAUCUGCCUUCAUAUACACUAGAGCUUCUUGCUGAAGUAGCUGUGUUGGAGGAGGAGGUGGUUAGGCUCGAAGAACAGGUGGUGAAUUUUCGACAAGGUCUCUACCAAGAAGCCAUCUACAUCUCUUCAUCCAAGAGAAGUAGUGAAAACGGAUUGGAUUCAUGCCAUGAUCAGUUCUCACAGAAUGCAAAGAACCCCGAGCUACACAAAGUUCAAUCUCGAUCGACCGGUAACAAUGCUUCUUCUAUCAGCAGCACAUCGCCCUCGAAGCGGUGGUCUUUGGAUGGAAACCAGCCGUUUCCUUCCAAUUGUGUUAUCAAAGGGAAUCGGCUUCCAAAGAAACCCAAUUCUUCUUUGGCUGAAGAACCUAGAGGUAAAGAGAACCAGUUGAAUGCAAAUUCUGCCAAGACUUGCAAUCAAUCACCACUAAAGAAGGUUCAAAGCCUAAGCAUGUUAGAUUCUAAGCCAAAAAAUCAAGUAGCUGACAAGGACAUAAAAAUUGCUAGCUUUCAGAAGGCUUCUGAUAAAAUGGCAUGUAAAGAAACUAGUGGUCCAAACAAAUUGUCAGAGGAAAUCUUGAAGUGCCUCUUGAGUAUUUUCUCAAGGAUUAGCUUACCAAAGAACAGAAUGGUGGUGGAGAGCGAGUUUUCUCCAUCUAUAUCAGGCUCUUCCGACGGUUUGGAGAUUGAAGAAUUUCUCGAUCCUUAUGGUAUUUGUUCAGAAUUCGGAAGAAGGGACUUAGGACCAUACCAGCAUCUCCAUGCAUUAGAAGCAAGCUCUCUUGAUCCAAAUCUUAUCACAAAUUCAUUAUUUCUCACUCAAAGACUUAAAUUAUUAUUGAAGAAGCUUUCAUCUGUGGAUGUAUCUGAGCUUACUCAUCAACAGAAGCUUGCUUUCUGGAUUAAUAUAUAUAAUUCAUGUAUGAUGAAUGCUUUUCUAGAGAAUGGUAUUCCUACCACUCCACAGAUGGUUGUGGAGCAAAUGCUUAAGGCAAUGGUAAAUGUGGGUGGACACUUGCUUAGUGCAAUGAACAUUGAACACUUCAUACUUAGAUUGCCUUAUUACUCAAAACAUAUCACAUUAGAGGGAUUAAGAAGUGAUGAGAAAACAACAAGGACCAUGUUCAGAUUAGAUUGGCCUGAACCAUUGGUCACAUUCGCGCUUUCUUGUGGAAGUUGGUCGUCCCCAACGGUGAGAGUUUACACUGCAUCUCAUGUACAACAGCAGCUAGAAGAAGCAAAACAGGAUUACCUGCAAGCAGCAAUUGGCAUAGCGAAGCCAAACAGAUUGGCUAUACCAAAACUAUUGGAUUGGUAUCUGCUAGAUUUUGCCAAGGACAUAGAGUCACUAAUGGACUGGAUAUGUAUCCAGUUGCCAACUGAACUUAGAAAUGUUGCAAUUGAAUGCCUAGGAAUGAGUAGAUUUGUAAUUCCACAGGCAGUUCAAGUACUUCCAUAUGAGUUUAGAUUCAGGUAUCUCAUUGUCCCUUAGAUCUGUUUUUUUCAGUUUGUUAUAAGCCCAAAAUGGUUCAAAAAUGUUCAGGGCUGUCCCAUUUUUGUGCAAAUCCUUAAGAAAGAAAUGCCAGUUGAGAUCUAUAAAGAGUUCAAUUGAUUUGUCUCGUAAA